AUGAGUGUCAAAAGUGGCAGUUCCAAGAAAAUGUCGAGCAAAUCGUCAAGAGCUGUAACGUCGGCCAUCGGACUACUGAUGCUUCUGGCAUUCGUGGCAUACACCAGUCGCGAUGCAGUCUCGAAGUAUGGAACAAAAUCGCAGCAAAACGCCGCUGCGUUGCUUGCGGGUGCCGCAGGAAACAGGAAAUUCACAUCAGAGUCGAGCGUCUCAACCACAUCGGUGUUGAAAGAGACUGCAGCAGCUAAUUUGGACGACGCCAAGGAAGUGGAACAAAUCUUUUCGGACAUCAAGCUGGAAAUCGGCGAAGCCGGAAGCCAUACAGGCCACAGACGUGCUUCUGCAACUCGUGUGGCUUCUCCCGGAGAAAUAGUACAGUCAGAAGUGGUGCACGGACCCCGCAACUACAAACCUGGCGAUGCGAGCUUCGAUCCGGUACUAAAUUUCCACGAGAUUUUGAAUGCAUCGCCUGUGGUGGUAUUCGUGAACUCGAACGAGGAAUCCCAGCAGCUGCGCAUGCUAUUGCAAAACCAUUACGAGAUUUCGCCUCCUCCUGUCGUCGUUGAUUUAGAGAAACACUCCAAGGGCGCUCAACUAGAGUCUUUCAUUGAAAACCAUAAACUGGAGCGUUUCACAAACGACGAGGAGACCGAAGAAUCCCUGUCUUCGGACACUCACGAUGCACCAUACCUAUUUAUCAACGGCCAGUCCGUGAUAAACAGAAGUUUCCGGUCCGAUAUUCACAAUUUGCAUAUCCACAGUACUCUUCUCGAGAAGUUGAGAUCCGUGGCCGAUGGUAACGUUAUGAUCCACCGCAACAACGUCCCAUCCAACUCAUAA